CUCUCUCUCUCUCUCUCUCUCUCUCUCCACUACACAAUCCCACCCACCAUUUUUUUCUUAAGAAAAAAGAAAAAAAUGGGGCGAAAAUUAGGAACUCUUCCCCUCUUCUUCUUCGUCGUCCUCCUCCUCGUCUUCUCCUUGCUCCUCUCCAUUACGACGCCAUCGUCGGCGGAGCGGAGCGGCGGCGUCGGCGUCGGCGACGACGAGGAGGCGGCGGCGCGGCGGCUGCACCGGGAGUGGGCGGCGAGGCACGCGCGGUCGUACGGCAGCGCCGGCGAGGCGGAGAAGCGGUUCGAGGUCUUCAGGGAGAACCUGCGGUUCGUGGAGGCGCACAACGGCGCCGGGUCGCACUCGUUCCGCCUCGGCCUCAACCGCUUCGCCGACCUCACCAACGACGAGUUCCGCUCGCUCUACCUCGGCCUCCGCCCGCGCCGGCGCCGGCCGGAGGUGCUGCGGCUGCGGCGGUCGCCGGAGUCGGAGGAGGAGGCGACCCGCCGCGGCGCCGAUCGGUACCGGUUUCGCGACGGCGACGAGCUCCCCGACGCCGUGGACUGGAGGGAGAAAGGGGCCGUCGCCCCAGUCAAAGAUCAAGGGAGUUGUGGAAGUUGCUGGGCAUUUUCGGCUGUCGCUGCUGUCGAGGGGAUCAACCAGAUCGUCACCGACGAUCUGAUUGUGUUGUCUGAGCAAGAGCUAGUCGACUGCGACACGUCCUACAACCAGGGCUGCAAUGGAGGCCUGAUGGACUACGCUUUCGAGUUCAUCAUCAACAAUGGCGGCAUCGACACUGAGGAGGACUAUCCCUACAAGGGCACUGACGGCAGAUGCGAUCCUUACCGGAAAAACGCGAAGGUUGUGAAGAUCGAUUCUUAUGAGGAUGUUCCGGUUAAUGACGAGAAGUCGCUGCAAAAGGCGGUGGCAAACCAGCCAGUUAGUGUCGCCAUCGAAGGCGGUGGCAGGGCGUUCCAGUUAUACGAAUCGGGAGUUUUCACUGGAUACUGCGGUACCUCGCUCGAUCACGGAGUGACUGCGGUAGGAUACGGGACCGAAAACGGCAAGGACUAUUGGAUCGUGAAGAACUCAUGGGGCAAGUCGUGGGGGGAGUCGGGGUACAUCCGGAUGGCCCGCAAUAUAAACUCGGCCGCCGGUAAGUGCGGGAUCGCGAUGGAGGCGUCGUACCCGAUCAAGAACAGCCAGAACCCUCCGAACCCCGGCCCGUCGCCCCCCUCCCCUGCCGCGCCCUCGUCCGUCUGCGACAACUACUACUCGUGCCCCGAGAGCACCACCUGCUGCUGCAUGUACGAGACCGGCAGCCUCUGCUUCGCGUGGGGGUGCUGCCCGUACGAGGACGCGACGUGCUGUGACGACCACUACAGCUGCUGCCCGCACGACUAUCCGAUCUGCGACGUCGAGGACGGGCUCUGCUUCAUGAGCAAGAACAACCCAAUGGGAGUGAAGGCUCUGAAGCGCACCCCAGCAAAGCAUUACUGGGCUUUCUCGGGAGCUGAGGGAAAAAGGAGCAGUGCUUAAGAACAAGUGUGAAAUGACCAAAAUGCCCAUGCAGAGGGAGUUGGAGGAGCAUAAUAACUUUUAGUAAUUAGCUGGAACUUUAUCAUGCAAGCCCCUGUCCUUUCUAUGAAUCUUAAAUGGUUGUUGGUUUAUUAUUGGGUUUAUGGUACUAUUUAGAAUUUCUUCAGAUGCUCUUGUACAUAUAUUUUAUAUUACGAAAUUGGCUUAUUAUGAUCAGGACAAUUUGUAUUGUUUGCCUCUGUAUUAUUUGCUUCCAAACUUUAUGUAAAUCAACUCCAUUGGCUUUUGAAUGCAGCUCCUUGAGCCAUAUUUUAAAUUUUAU